CAGCCGGUGCGAUUUGUCAAUUUGACAUUAGAAUUGAUUGCUUUCAUUUUAUGGCCUGUUUUAAUAUAUUUUCGGCAUUUAAUUCCAAGAAAUAUUGGUGAAAAUGUUAACUAAGUUCGAGACAAAGUCGGCGAGGGUAAAGGGCAUAUCGUUUCACGCCAAAAGGCCAUGGGUCCUAGCAAGUUUGCACAACGGAGUGAUACAACUAUGGGACUACCGUAUGUGUACAUUGCUGGAGAAGUUUGAUGAACAUGACGGCCCCGUACGUGGCAUUUGCUUCCACAUCCAGCAACCCUUAUUUGUGUCUGGAGGCGAUGACUAUAAAAUCAAGGUUUGGAACUACAAACAGAGGCGUUGCCUGUUCACCCUGCUCGGCCAUUUAGAUUACAUCAGAACUACAUUCUUCCAUCACGAGUAUCCAUGGAUUUUGAGUGCUUCAGAUGAUCAGACAAUAAGAAUAUGGAACUGGCAAUCCCGUCAAUGCAUCAGCGUGCUCACAGGCCACAACCACUACGUCAUGUGCGCUCAGUUCCACCCUUCAGAAGAUCUGCUGGUCUCCGCAUCAUUGGACCAAUCCGUGCGAGUGUGGGACUUCUCCGGCUUGAGAAAGAAGAGUGUGGCGCCUGGGCCGAGCGGUUUGGCUGAACAUUUGAGGAAUCCGCAGGCUACAGAUUUGUUUGGACAGGCUGAUGCAGUGGUCAAACACGUAUUGGAAGGUCACGACCGAGGGGUCAACUGGGCUGCCUUCCAUCCCUCAUUGCCGCUUAUAGUGUCUGCCGCAGACGACAGACAGGUCAAGAUGUGGAGGAUGAAUGAUGCCAAGGCAUGGGAAGUAGACGCGUGCCGAGGCCAUUACAACAACGUAUCGUGCGUUCUGUUCCACGCGCGUCACGAGUUGAUCUUGUCCAACAGCGAGGACAAGUCCAUCCGUGUCUGGGAUAUGACCAAGAGGACAUGUCUCCACACGUUCCGCCGGGAGACUGAGAGAUAUUGGGUUCUAACGGCCCACCCUACAUUGAACCUGUUCGCGGCCGGUCACGACGCCGGCAUGAUUCUGUUCAAACUACAGCGCGAGAGGCCGGCUUAUGCUGUACAUAAUAAUUUGCUGUUCUACAUCAAAGACAGACAAUUACGCAAGUUGGAUAUGCAAACCAAUCGCGACUCCCCGGUGAUGCAGAUCAAAGGGGCAGGCUCCAGGCAUCAGCCGUACAGCAUGUCGCUGAACCACGCGGAGUUCUGCGUGCUGGUGAGCUGGCGCGCGGGCGAGAGCUGGUCGUACGAGCUGUACGCGGCGCCGCGCGAGGGGGAGCCCGCGCCGGAGCCCGCGCGCGCGCCCGCCGCCAGCGCCGUGUGGGUGGCGCGCAACCGGUUCGCCGCGCUCGAGAAGAACAACCAGUUGGUGAUCAAAAACCUAAAGAACGAAGUGUCGAAGAAGAUUUCCACUCCAUCAUGCGAGGAGAUCAUGUACGCGGGCACCGGCAUGCUGCUGCUGAGGGAGCCGGAGUGUGUGCAGUUGUUAGAUGUCCAGCAGAAGAGGACUAUUGCCAGCGUGAAAGUUUCAAAAUGCCGUUAUGCCGUGUGGAACUCCGACAUGACAUUGGUGGCUUUACUCGGCAAGCAUACUGUCACCAUCUGUACCAAGAAGCUGGAACAGCUGUGCAGCAUCACCGAAGGAGCAAGGGUCAAAUCUGGAGCCUUCGAUGAUUCUUCACCACAACCGGUCUUCAUUUACACCACGGCCAACCACAUCAAGUAUUGCUGUAGAGAUGGCGACUACGGCAUCAUAAGAACUCUGGACGUUCCGGUGUACGCGGUGAAAGUUAUCGCCAACGAGACUUCAGCCCGCGUCGUCUGUCUCGAUCGGGAAUGUCGGCCUAAAGUGCUUAACAUUGAUCCCACUGAGUACAGGUUCAAACUGGCGUUGGUGACGCGACAAUACGACCAAGUGCUGCAUAUGGUGAGGAACGCCAAGCUGGUGGGACAGAGCAUCAUAGCUUAUUUGCAGGAGAAAGGUUACCCAGAAGUGGCGCUCCACUUCGUGAAGGACCCGCGCACCCGGCUGUCCCUGGCGCUGCAGUGCGGCAACAUCGAGGUGGCCCUGGAGGCCGCCAAGAGUCUGGACGAACCCAACGCCUGGGACAAACUGGCCCAGGCCGCGUUGACCACUGGGAACCACCAGAUCGUAGAAAUGUGCUACCAACGUACGAAGAACUUCGACAAACUGUCGUUCUUGUAUCUCAUCACGGGCAAUCUGGAGAAACUGAGGAAGAUGAUGAAGAUCGCCGAGAUAAGGAAGGACGUGUCCGCUCAGUUCCAAGGCGCCCUGUUGCUGGGAGACGUGCGGGAGAGAAUUCGGCUGCUGAAGAAUGCUGGACAGCUAUCCCUCGCCUACCUAACAGCGAUAAACCACAAGCAAGACGAAGAGGCUGAACAGUUGAAAUCGGCUUUAGAAGCGGCGGGGCUCGCCAUACCCGCCGCCAGCGGCGCCACUGAGGUGCUGCGGCCGCCGCUGCCGGUGCAGAGGGCUCAGACCAACUGGCCUUUGUUGGCAGUCUCCAAGAGUUUCUUCGAAGUAGCGGGUAAUGCUCGUGCGGCUGCUGAGACCGUGGGUGCCGUGGGCGCGGUGAUGGGGGAGGAGCCGCUGGAGGCCGCCGGGGCUUGGGGGGACGACGAGGACCCCUUGGCUGAGGACAGGGAUGAGGGUUCCGCAGGUGCGGUGGACCCUGAAGACGCGUGUGAAGAUGGCGGCUGGGAUGUUGGAGACGAUGACCUUGACUUGCCCGAGGAACUGGCUCCCGUAUCUGCGAACAUAGACGGCGACGAAGCGGAGUCGCAGUACUUCGUGGCGCCGACGCGCGGCGCCGCCGUCGCCGUGUCCGCCAAGCUGCGCACGGCGCACGACCACGUGGCCACGGGACAGUUCGAGAUCGCCUUCAGACUGCUAAACGAGCAAGUGGGCAUAGUGAACUUCGAGCCGUACCUGGACACGUUCCUGGCGAUGUACGCGGCAGGCAGGGCCACCUUCGGAGCCCUGCCGUCGCUGCCGCCUCUCUGGGCACAGCUACACAGGAAUUGGAAGGAGGCCAGCGGCAAGGAUUUGUUGCCUGUUGUCACCGCAAAACUUAACGAUCUGGUGACCCAACUGCAACAGUGUUACCAGCUCACGACCGCCGGGAAAUUCACGGAAGCCAUCGAGAAAUUACAGCGCAUAGUUCAAAUUGUACCACUUUUGAACGUGGACUCUAAGACUGAGCUGACAGAGGCGCAGCAACUGCUGAAUAUCUGUAGGGAGUAUCUGUUGGGAUUGCAGAUGGAAACUGCUAGGAAAGCAAUGCCCAAAAACACGCUAGAGGAACAGAAACGCACGUGUGAAAUGGCUGCGUACUUCACCCACUGCAAGCUGCAGCCGGUGCAUCAGAUACUCACUUUGAGAACGGCCCUGAACAUGUUCUACAAGCUGAAGAACUUCAGAACGGCCGCUUCGUUCGCCAGGAGGUUGUUGGAACUAGGACCAAGACCUGAGGUGGCUCAGCAGGCUAGGAAGAUUUUACAGGCUUGCGAAAAAACACCCACAGACGAGCACCAACUGCUAUACGACGAACACAACCCAUUCAACAUCUGCGGGAUCAGCUACAAACCGAUCUACCGCGGGAAACCCGAGGAGAAGUGUUCCCUGUGUAGCGCCAGCUUUAUGCCCGAACAUAAAGGGAAGUUGUGUACCGUAUGCGGUGUUGCCGAGAUCGGAAAAGAUGUAUUAGGGCUUAGAAUUUGUGCUCUUCAGUUCCAGAGAUAGUAUGAGGACAAAUAUAAGGUCAUGCUGGCGUACAUUAUCGAUUAUUGUAAGGUUAUAGAAUAAAGUUUAUGUAUUAACGUU